UCGAACAACAACGUAUUUUACAUCGUUGUCAUUGAUCAAGACAUCGAAAACAUUUAUUAGUUUAUAAUUCAGGGUUUGAUUUGGGCUUGCAACAAUGUUAAAAACUACUUACAACAUGCCUCGACUGCUUCGAAGACAUUUGCUUUAUGGCUUAUGCUAUUUUCAAAGAUGGCCAGUCGUUCGUUAGUUAUAGCGUCGCAAUCAUGGAGCAAAAUAAAGAGAAAAUACGGCAUAUUUUACAGUACUACUACGAUAAAGUUUAUGGACCCGAUACAGUUUCCAUUUUCACCGCACAACGAUGGUUUCAACGUUUUCGUUCUGGUGUAGAGGUGGUCGAAGAUGCGCCACGCUCCGGAAGGCCUGUCGUCGAAAAUUGCGAUAAAAUCACUGAAUUGAUCGAAAGAGACCGGCAUAGUAGCAGCCGUAGCAUCGGUCAAGAGCUGGGCAAGAGUCAUCAAGUCGUAAUUAACCAUUUGAAGAAGCUUGGAGUCACUAAAAAGUCGCGAAAAAACAUCUUUGACCAUACGACGCAUGCGAAUCGCUUCUAAAUCGCAACAAAAUCGACCCGUUUUUGAAGAGUAUGGGGACUGGCGAUGAAAAGUGGGUCACUUACGAUUACGUAAGGCGCAAACGGUAUUGGUCAAAAAGCGGUGAAACGGCCCAGACGGUGGCCAAGCCUGGAUUGACGGCCGGUCAGGUUCUUCUGUGUGUUUGGUGGGAUUGGCAGGGAAUAAUCCACUAUGAGCUACUCGCCUAUGGACAAACGCUCAAUUCGGACCUGUACUGCCAAUAACUGGACCGCUUGAAGACAGUACUCAUGCAGAAGAGGCCAUCUUUGAUCAACAGAGGCCGAAUUGUCUUCCACCAGGACAACGCCAGGCCACACACAUCUUUAGUGACGCGCCAGAAGCUCCGGGAGCUCGGAUGGGAGGUUCUUUUGCAUCCACCGUAUAGUCCGGAUUUCGCACCAAGUGAUUACCCCCUGUUUCUGUCCAUGGCGAAUGAAGUCGUCUUAGACCAGCUAUUAUGCCUUCACCUCCGAUCAUGGUUUUAAACAAGCUUAUCUGCAAAAAAUAAACCUUUUAUUAUAAAAAACAAAUAAAAUUAGUUUAUACAUAAAUCAGCUAUAUGAAUUAAAAAAAUUUCAAUUACAUAGUAACAAGCAUGGUUAUCGAAAUUUAUGAAAAAUGUAGUGAGUACUUACAAAUGCUUUUGGAUUGGCUUCGGCAUCGGAGUACAAGUGGCCAAGUUCUUCAAAUGACGAAAUCGGAAAUGUCCGCUUAGGCACGUUCAGAUUUGCCGUUAAUAUUGACAUAUGGGACAGAAUCUUUGAUGUCGAAACUAUUACAAAUUCUAAAUAACAAACAUUUGUUUGUUCUUGUAAAAUUGAAAAAUAAAUUUAAAUAAAAAACUUACUUACUUGACAACCGCCUCUGGCGGCUUAUAUUUAGUUUUAGUAAAAAUGUCUUUGUUCACCAUAUCCGUUACGCUGAAAUAACGAUAUACAAAUAAAAAUAUUUAUGUUAUAACUUA